GUGAUUAAUAUGAAAUACACCUUUCCUUUCCUACUCAACUUCGUCUUCUCAAUAUGGAUCAAGAAACCAACCACCCUGCGAAUAAGGAAUCUGAAGGAGAAACAACAUCUGGUCUAAGAAGUUGGCCGGAAGUGGUGGGUCUUACGGCGGAAGAGGCGGAGAAGAGAAUCAAGGAAGAUGAUCCCAAACUUCGCCUCCAAGUUGUUGGUCCAGAUCGCUGCGUGACUGCGGAUUUUGUGACGGAUCGUGUUUGGAUCUUCGUGGAUUCCGAAGGAAAGGUUAUCCGCACGCCCACGAUUGGGUAGAUCAACCUGAUAAUGAUCAAUGAUACCUGGUUUAUUUGAUGCUUGAGUGAAUUUGAUCUCACUUUGAAAUGCUAUGUGAUGUCUGCUUCAAUAAAAAAACUAUAAGCUAUGCUGUUUCUUGUUACCAUGAAGCUUUGAAGGAAAAAUAAAGUUGGAUUUAGCAUGAAUCUUGUCAGAUAGAAAAAAA